AAGCUUGAAAAAAUUUUCUUUUUUUAUGAACAGAUAGAGCGUCUUUCGCUCUAUUUUUCUAUGCUAUUUGAUCACUAUUCAACUGAUAUCAUAAUAAUAAAAUUUCGAUAAGAACUGUUUUUGUUGAAAACUAACUUGUAGCAUUAGAUCAUAACAGAACUUAUAAUAAAUGGCAAACUUUGUAUUUCAUAUUUUAAUCCCUAAAUACAUUUUAUUAAAAAAAACAGAAUAUACCACAAGAUGCAGCAUGAAAAGCUUUACAAUCUACAAAGUAAAGCUUGUUUUAUAGUAUGCUUUUUCUGUUCAAAAAAAGCCAAAACCUCUAUGCGACCAACCUUCGACAUUACGAAGAAAAGGAAUUAUUCGUGCGCCAAAAAAAAUGAUAUUCUUCGUAGUAUCGAAGGUUGGUCGCAUGGAGGUUUUGACUUUUUUUGAAUAGAAAAAGCAUACUAUAAAACAAGCUUUACUUUGUAGAUUGUAGAGCUUUUCAUGCUGCAUCUUGUGGUAUAUUCUGUUUUUUUAAAUAAAAUGUAUUUAGGGAUUAAAAUAUGAAAUACAAAGUUUGCCAUUUAUUAUAAGUUCUGUUAUGAUCUACUGCUACAAGUUAGUUUUCAACAAAAACAGUUCUUAUCGAAAUUUUAUUAUUAUGAUAUCAGUUGAAUAGUGAUCAAAUAGCAUAGAAAAAUAGAGUGAAAGACGCUCUAUCUGUCCAUAAAAAAGAAAAUUUUUUCAAGCUUACUAUAAGAAAAAAAAAUUCCUGGACCACUACUUUUGGAUAACCCUAAGUAGUUAUUUAAUUUUUUUUUGUUUGAAAGAGCAUGUCAGGAUACAAGACAUCAAAGCGCUCUAUUUUUUGAAAUUCUUACUUUUUAAGCGGAAAAAAGGGAUCCCAAGUUCAAUGACUCAAAAAAAUCUCUAAAAAUGGGCGCCAAUUUAUAUAAAUGUUUAUAUAUAUAGUAAAAACAAAGCUUAAUUAAAAAAAGGGCUCUUUGGCGCCCUGCGUUUUGACACCCUCUUUCAAACAGAAAAAAAUUAAAAUAUGUAGAAUGAAUGCCGACAGAGAAUUUUUGCUUGCCCGUUCGAUAAAUCAUAAACAGAGAAAAAAGGAAAAAGAUUUUUGGUUUUUUGUAAAAAAACACAGCUUAUUUUUCGAAUAGAGGAUGACGAAAAUCUUCAAACAUUUUUGGAAAAAAGGAGGUGCCGAGUAAAAAUUUUUGUCGUUUCUGAAAGACCAGACCACGGGCUAUCUUUCCAUGCAUUUAUCUCAAUUUCGGUUAUUCUGAUGAAAAGUGACUUUUUUUUUGAAGGGGCCUUAAAAUUUUUCUGUUUUGGAAAACUGCGUUAUAACUUGCAUUAUCACUGAAUACAACAUUUUUAUAAUAACCAGCAUGACAGAUGGCGUUAGCUAUCUUCAUCUGUUACAUGCUUUAAAGUAGGCCACUGAAAUGUAUUAAAAAUAUGCAAUUGUAAUAUGAUUCUUUUCUGGAUUUGAAUGAAAAAAUCCAUCUCUAAAACUUCUUUAGCGUUUUUCUCAAAACAUAGUUUCCAAUCAGUAAAACUGAACCUCCUCCCUCAUGGCUUGAGCUAUAACCAAUAUUUUUUUUUGUUUUUAUAGGUCUCAACCCGAGUAAACUUUUCAUCAACCAGUUUUUUUAAAGUCGAUUCCUGGACUGAGAAAAGUGAGAUUUACUGUCGUCAGAUCACAGAGUUUCACGCUUCUUUUAAGAUAUGUCUACUAAAAUAUUAAUAAAAAAUGAACAAUAGGAAAUUUAAAAAUUCUGUUUGAUGGAAAGCUGCGUACUGACAUUGGCUUUAAUUUGAAACCACCACGAGCUGUAUACCUUGUGUUACGACGAAGUUAUAUCGAUUCUCAUGAAGGCCAAAAAUGACCUAUGAAUCAGCUGGAAAUUCGGUCUAGUAUGACCAAUAGAGCUGAAAUUUUUACCAGAAGCGUAUCUCUCCAGGAUCACUCAUUCCUGAAAAUUAUAGCACAAAGGGACCAUUCUAAGUGGAUAAUCGUUUCUGAAAGGGGCCCUGAAUAUGUAAAUUUUAUAAAGAUUAUAUUUUUAUCAGACAGGGUAAUAUUUCUCAAAUUUUCAAAUGUUUUCAAACGAUGAGCUUUAGAGAUAUAAUGCUGAAAAUUAUUUUAGCAAGACAACUUUUUUAUGCUCUAUCUAAUGGUUAAAUCGAAAGACUGCAAGAAUGCUCAACAAAAAAAAAUAACAGACAGGUUCUCGGGGCCAUUUUUCUAAAAAAUCGAUUAUUGAGGCUGCCUUUAUUCAGUUAGCGGAUGAUUCUAAUCAAGACCACAUAGCAAUUGGUACAUAACUUGACAAGGGCUACACGACUAGCAUACUUAAAUCUUGCCGGCAGAAAAUUCUGUAAAAAGGUGGGCGAACCUGCGUGGACGUACCUCGUUUUUAUUUUCAUAAACCCUCCGACUCCUAAACCCUUUAAGGAUAUAGAAGGUUGUCACAAACCUUUUAAGGGCCUAUGAAAAGUUGCCAAGAGGUCAACCAUUUAAUAUUCUAUUCUUUUUUUUACAGGAUACAAAAGCACGUAGUCGGUCAAGUAUUGAUAGUCCGAUUGAUACGUAUAGUGAAGAAGAAACGAAUAGACGUCUUGCUGAAUUUGCUGGAACUAUUUAUUUGGAUCCUAGACCAAAUAUUAUUGAAUCACCAAGUAACAUUCCAGUAACAUAUGAACAACGAGUUGUCAUUCAAUAUCUACAACCACCAGCUCUUCCACCGCCAGGACCGAUCAUUAUUGAAGAAGUACGUCCACCACAACCACCACCACCUUCACCGCUUGUCAUACGCCAGCAUGGAUCGCGUGCUCGUACGCCACCUGAACUUAUCUUACGUGAACGACCACCGAAGCCACCGCCACAUGGUUGCAGUGAAAAAUUUAUUCGCAAAUUAUCUCCUAUACCUGUUCCACGACGAUCGGUUCGCAUCGAAGUUUUGCCACAACUUCCAGAAAAACCACGUGACAUUAGAAUUGAACGAUGGCUACCCUAUGGACCUCAGCCUGAACGCAAAAUAUGUGUUAAGCUCGCUCCUCCUGCUAUAGAAUAUCCCAAACCAACUCAUACUGUUGUUCAUUAUAAAGACGUUGAUGCCCGUAUAGAACGAAAAUUUGAAAAUCUUGGUGUUAUUCGAGGAGAUCCUUAUAAUUAUAAAGCUCAUUAUGGAUACCUUUUAGAUCCUGCAAUACUGAUUCAGGAAGCUCGUAAAGCUGGUGUUAAUGAAGAUAUAUCGUCUUCGACAGUAACACCUUUAAUAAAUACAAAUACAUACGGAAAUACUGUUCAUUGUCAUCAGCCAUAUGAAAGAAUCAAUCAAGGUUGUUCAUCAUCAAGUGAAACUGGCUAUAAAGGAAUUCAACCAUGUGGUGUUACAAAAACUACUAAUGUGAUGAGAAAUUAA